AUGCGUAUAAACAACACUUUCUCUGCUGGUUUGCCUAUUGUUCAUUCGAAUGCAGAGUUUUCAGCUUUAGUAAACUCAAACACUUUAGCAAACAUAAACUUAACCUUAGUCGACGCAAACUUUGUUCCUGUAAAACUUUUAUGUCCUAUGUAUUUGUCAAUGACGGCAGAAAGUUUCGAAUUGGAAGAUGCAACUGGUGAAAGUAUUGUACUACAAGAACAACUUCAACAACAAAUAGCUCAAGAACAACAAAUGCAACAAAUGGAACAAAUGCAACAAAUGGAACAAAUGCAACAACAAAGUCAAGAAUAA